AUGUACGACGAGUUUAUCACCAAGAACGCCGGCCAAGUGUCGCAAAUUGAGAGCGCCUUGCGCAGCUUGACAUACAUUAUCCCAGGCCGCUUCCGCGACGCCGAAAUCGCGUCCGAGUCGAUCCAUUCAGGCGUACAGCUCCUCUCACUCUACCAUGAUUCACUACUCCAGAAAGCACUCGCGCGAUUGCCCAUGACUUCCAUCCCCUCGGCGCACGCGCGAUACACCCGCUACUGGACGCAGAAGAGCAGCGCAUACCGUCGGAUAGCCAUGCUGUUACAGAUGGUCAUUUACACGGAGAUGCUGUGGGAAAUGUCCGCUAAGCGCCGAGGUGGCGAGCGCUCCCGGUGGAAGGUGGUGGUGAUUCUGGAAGCUAUUAAGGCAUUUUGCCGACUGCUCCUGAUGCGUAUCACGAGGUCGCGGCCCUUGGUCUCACCCGUGUUACCGGAACGGGAACCCAUCCCCGAAGACAAGACACCCGAAGAUGAGGAGGAUGCGCUCGCGUUCCGCAGCGAGAGCGAGCUGAUGGACGAUGUCUCGGGAGAUGGCUCCCAAUCUGAGGAUGGUGGGACGCAGACGCUGAAACCGCCGCACGAACGUGAGUGGGCCAUGCCGAGGACGGGCAUGAGCCUGCCAUCUCUCCCGGUUGCCGGCGACAUCAGCUCGUAUCUGUUGGGCCGCGUCCUGACGGCUGAUGACAUCAAGCCAGCAACCAAGCUGCUCAACCAACUACAGGGGAGUAGCCAGGGCGCGGAAAUGCUGCACAUAUUGGCGCCGUUGGUCUACGCGAUCGCCAUGGCGCGAAGUAGCAACAAGAAGUCAUGGACGCCCUGGAUGAUCGGGCUGGCAGUCGAAUACGCGGCCCGGCAGCUGCGGGACCGCGGGCUGCGUACCACGUCCCUGGAACGCGACGAGUGGAACAAGCGCGGGUGGUCGAUGGCCUGGUGGGCGAUGCGGGGAGCGUGCUACGAAAACGUUACCAAGGGCGUCAUGGGUGGUGUCAGCAAGCGGAUGCCAGGGUUCAUCGCCGGGAUCCUCGAAGACUACGAGUAUCUCUGGGAGAACUACUACUUUAGCACGAGUGCGUAA